ACAGUUUGACCGAACGGGUCGUCCCCUGGCUUGUACCUAGCCCCAUUCAGAAUAUGAUGUCUCUGCAGAAAUGUCUUUUAAGAGGAGCUGUGGGAACUCUGCGUCCCAGUACCCUUGUGAGUCCACUCUGGCUGGUUUUCCUGGAGAAGCUGCAUCGACGCCGGCAUACACUUACCUACCUACCUACACUCCUCACCUCUCGCUUCACCAUAGCCUGCAGCCUAUGACAUCUCUACAAUGCUCUCGUCGCCCGUGCCCAGCAUGCUGACAAGUUGUCAGUCCAGACCCGGCCUACUUGAGAACCCCCGGGUCCUUUUCAGCACCACUCCUCGGAAAAAGGAGCGACGAAGCUACAAGGAUGGAACGACAGCCCCUCAACCCAGCCUAUUGAAGCACAGAGUCCCCCAAGGAACAUGGGACACACACAUGCAUGUGGUGGAACCACAGCGCUUCCCCGUCUCCGCAAACGCCGUCUAUCAGCCCGCCAAACACACCAUUGAGGAAGCCAUGGCCUUCGAAUCCUCACUCGGCAUCGGAAACAUCGUUCUGGUGCAGCCAUCCAUCUACGGGACCGACAAUUCAUGCUUGCUCGAAGCACUCAGACACGUUGGACCCUCUCGCGGGCGAGGGGUGGUGGUGAUCGAUCCCACCAGCACAGACAUCGAAACCCUGGCAGAGUGGCAUUCGUUGGGUGUGCGUGGAGUGCGGAUCAACCUCAAGUCAGUGGGAAAGGUGGCUGUCGAAUCUGAAUUGGCAGAAACGCUGUUACAACACGCUCAAUUAAUACGGCCAUUCGGAUGGACGAUCCAGCUGCACGUAUCUCUGGAUAUGGUUCCCAUGCUGGAGAGGGUCGUCGCGCCGCUGGGGGUCAAGUUAUGCAUCGACCACUUUGGCGGCCCGGAUAUCACCACAGGCAAACACAACGGGGCCCCCUUCGAUCCAUACAGCCUCCCAGGCUUCUCGUCCUUGAUCUCACUUCUCAGCGCCGGGGAGACCUACGUGAAGAUCUCCGCCCCCUAUCGUCUCAGCAAGGACGAAGAAUUCCGCGAUCUGGAAGCGAUGGCCCAAGAGUUCAUUCGGGUAGCUCCCAACCGGGUGAUUUACGCGACAGACUGGCCGCACACCCGGUUUUCCGGCGUCAACAUCGAGCCAUUCACAGAACUAUGCCUACGGCUAUGUGCGAACGAGCCUGGACUGGCCGAACGGGUGUUUCACCUGAACGCAGAAGAAAUGUUGCAGGGGGCAUGAGAUAUGCCCGGCUGCGCAUAUUUUGUUUCCUGUCUAUCUUGUUCCUUUAGCCUUGACCACCCACACUCACACAUUUUCACGAAUUACGACAAUCAAUAAUAGCCUGGCGAAUGUCAAAACUUUUUUUCCCCUUCCAAUCAACCCCCAACGUGGCAGCGCUCCGUAGGAUCUUGAAACCAACCGACUGAGCUGUCCGACUCGGCCAGGUUCCGAAGGUGGUGCGAUAACUAACUAACAGGACUUGUUAGUCAUCGGUUGAACGGUGGAUUGCCGAGACGUCGGCUCCAGUGGGAUCGGCAAAUCCGUGAGUUGACCAGAUAUUAUUAUUAUACUAUUUUGUCGGUCAUUUCUAGCAGUAAUAUCUAUAGUUACAGUAUGGAUGUGAAUUGGCAAUAUCAC